AUGGAAGACGACGAACCUCCAUCUACAUCCUCAACGUCUUCCGAGUCUCCAGAAGUCAUUCUGAAAGCGCCAACAUCGACAGCAAGGAGACGAAAAACUACCAGACGGGGUGAGAUUGUUUGUUUUGAUACAAAAAGAAAACGUGUUUUGAUUCUUGCAAUCGAGAAGCCAAACAGUCCAUGUUUCUUCUCUUCCAAGACUUCCGGGUGGCAUCUUGGUGUUCGUGUACAUGAAUAUACAAAAACCCAAAAAGAGACAGAGAAAUGUAAACGAACAGUAUAA